GUGAGUCUUCAGUUUCGCCUUCACCAAGCAUUCAUCUUCUACAACAGCUCCAAUGACAUCGUCGAGACCCUCCUUGAGGCCCGGGCCGACGUGAACGAGCAGCUCCGCAUUGCAAAUCCGAUUUGGCGGGCGAUGUUCCUGGCCUAUGGCUUCCGGCAUCGCUUCAGCCCGUCUUU